AGACCCCAAUUUCCUUAUCAAAAUCUUCGAGAAAUUUUUAGUAUCCACCACUCAAUAUUCAAUCAGUCAAUCAUCUUUACCACUCAACCUUGCAAAAGGAAAAGAAAAAUUGCAAGAAAGAUACAAAGUGGUGCAGUCUCUCUCACAUUAGUCUCAGUCUUCUCUUCAUUCAAUUGCAAGAAGAAGAAGAUCCAGAAGAAGGAAGACUUUAAUAGAGAAGUGGGUUUGUUUUGUUUGGAUCUUUUCUUUGCAUUUGUGGACAGAAAGAAACAAGCUUGAGAUGAGAGAGAGCUAACCGGGUUGUUAUGUAAAGAUGGAGUCAAAGUCACUCAGGUUCAUCACCCACCAAUCUUUUUUCUCGGCCGUCCGAUCCGGUGACCUUGAUGCCCUGGAAAGGAUUGUUGAUGAGUUGACAACAGGUGAGGCUUCUGAUGGCUCUUCUUUGGUCUCUGAUCUGAUGGCUAUGCAAAAUGAUGCUGGGGAGACUGCCCUCUAUGUGGCUGCUGAUAAUAAUUUUCAGGAGGUGUUUAGUUACUUGCUUAAGUUUUGUGAUGUUGAUAUUGUGAAGAUCAAGUCCAAGUCUGAUAUGGAUGCCUUUCAUGUUGCUGCUAAAAAUGGCCACUUGGGGAUUGUGAGGGAACUUUUAAGCAUUUGGCCUGAGCUUUGCAAGUCAUGUGACUCCUCAAACACUAGCCCCCUUUAUUCAGCGGCUGUGAAAGGUCAUUUAGAUGUGGUGAAUGCCAUCUUGGAUGCUGAUGUUAGUUGCAUAAGAAUAGUUCGAAAAAAUGGAAAAACAGCAUUGCACACAGCUGCAAGGUAUGGCCUCGUUGAUAUAGUGAAAACUCUGAUCGAUCGUGAUCCUGGAAUUGUCAGCAUCAAAGACAAGAAAGGUCAAACUGCUCUCCAUAUGGCUGUAAAGGGUCAGUGUCCUUCAGUAGUAGAGGAUAUAUUACUUGCCGAUCACUCGAUUCUAAAUGAACGUGACAAGAAGUGUAAUACGGCAGUUCAUAUAGCUACAAGGAAAUGUCGUCCACAGAUAAUAUGCCUAUUGCUUAGUUACAAGUCCAUCGACGUCAAUGCCAUCAAUAAUCAGCAAGAAACUGCAAUGGAUUUGGCUGACAAACUCCAAUAUGGAGAAUCUUCAUUAGAAAUCAAGGAAGCUCUUGCAGAGGCUGGUGCCAAGCAUGCAAGGUAUGUUGGUCAAGUGGAUGAAGUGAUGGAGCUUAAGAGGACUGUGAGUGAUAUUAAGCAUGAAGUAAGUGCUCAACUCAUACAAAACGAAAAAACCAAUAGACGGGUUACUGGUAUUGCAAAGGAACUAAAGAAGCUUCACCGAGAAGCUGUGCAGAACACCACCAAUUCUAUCACAGUUGUUGCUGUUCUUUUUGCAUCUAUAGCUUUCUUGGCAUUAUUCAGUCUACCAGGCCAAUAUAUAAAGGAAGGAUCGGAGGCAGGGAAGGCUAACAUUGCUGAUCAAGUAGGUUUCCGUGCAUUCUGCCUUUUAAACGCCACGUCCCUCUUCAUAUCUCUUGCCGUGGUGGUGGUUCAGAUCACUUUGGUGGCCUGGGACACUAGGGCUCAGAAGCAGCUUGUUUCAGUUGUAAAUAAACUGAUGUGGGCUGCCUGUGCAUGCACUUGUGGAGCGUUUCUGUCAAUAGCAUUUGUUGUUGUGGGAAACGGACAUUCCUGGAUGGCUAUCACCAUAACCCUGAUGGGAGCACCAAUUCUUGUUGGAACACUGGCAAGUAUGUGCUAUUUUGUUUUCAGACAACAUUUUGGGUUCUUCCGCAGCGACUCACAGAGACGCAUUAGAAGGGCAAGUGGAAGCAAGUCAUUCUCGUGGUCAUACUCUGCAAAUAUAUCCGAUGUCGAUGAAUAUAAUUCUGACCUUGAGAGGAUAUAUGCUCUAUAAACUAUAUCCAGAAGGCAUGAAGUUUGGAGUUUUGUUUCACCAUAUAAAGCUGGUUGGUGUUUUAGGAGGGAUAAAUAGUCGGUUUUCUUCAGUUUUCUGUAUAAUUGACUAGCAGAAGAGUGAAAAUGUAAAUUUGUGUAUAGUAACAGUUAAAAUAAUGAGUUACUUUCGCUCCCACUAAACUGCUUGUUUGUAAUGUCAAUCGCUUGUUUCUUCUA